ACCCUAAUUGGAAGUCUAUUAUGCGUGCCGCCGAAUCAGGGCGUGGGCAGGUCUGGGCUAAUCCUGUUAUCGGAUCGACGAUUAGGGUUUCGAUUCUUCAUAUCUCUGAUCUUCGGCUGUAACAAUCUAGUCGGCAGCAGCUUCAGUGAGUGAUUCCUUUAGUCGAGAACGAGUUUCCCUCGAUCUUCUUUUACAGAAACUACACUAGCGUCAAGCAAUCACAAUGAGGUUCAAGAAACAGAAGCGUCAUCGCAAAAUUGUGAGGUUUUAUAAAGCUUGUUUUGGAUUCCGGGAGCCAUUUAAGGUUCUUUGUGAUGGCACUUUUGUGCAUCACCUUCUUGUAAACCGUAUUACUCCGGCGUGUACUGCCCUUUCUAAUGUCCUUGGGGCCAAUGUGAAAGUCUUUACCACAAGAUGUGUUCUUGCUGAGCUAAAGAGCCUUGGUGAAUCAUAUUCAGAGUCUUUUGAGGUAGCCCGUGACCUGAUGAUUGCAAGAUGUGACCAUGAGAAGAGGCAUAGUGCAGUUUCUUGCAUCAUGGAAGUUGUUGGGGAUAAGAACUCUGAACACUUUUUUGUUGCCACUCAAGAUGCUGAUUUGAGGAAGAAUUUCCAGCAGGUACCUGGAGUUCCUGUAGUAUUUGGCUUGCGAAAUGCCUUGCUCCUAGAAACUCCUUCUGCCUCCCAACGCCAGUUUGUGAAGUUCACUGAGGAGGACCGUUCACACAUGUCUGAGUUAGAAUUUAAAAUGUUAAAGAAAAUAGAGAAGGGAAGUGACUUAGAUGAACAUGAAGAACCUCAAAAUAUUGAGACUGAAAUGUUAUCGAAUGUGAAAGGAGGAAAAGGAAUAGAAGCGAAGGAUAAAGCUCAGUUUAAGAGAAAGAAACCUAAGGGUCCAAAUCCUCUUUCAUGCAAGAAGAGAAAAAUCAACGAAGCUCCACAAUCUGGUCCUCCGAGGGUGAAUGAUGACAAUAAAAACAUGGCAAGAUCUAGGAGCAAUAAAAGAAAAAGAUCGCACAAAAACAAAGAGCCUGCAAACGCGAACACUUAAACGGAUUGGAGAGGCUUGCAUUUCGAUGAAAAAUGGCUUCUUAA